AGUUCUCACUUCUAGCGCAAGGCCCCCUGUCCCAGUCUGGGAGCAGGUGCCUGUCUGGGGUGCCAGGACCAGCCACAUCUGUGCAAGGCUCUGCUCCAUCUGGUGAGUCCUCCCUGCCCAGGUUUAUUCAUCCUGAGAACGGGGCUGGCCAUUAAAGGGUGCACUGCUGGUGGGGGCGGCUGUGGCUGUUGGUGUCCUCACACCUCAGUCUCCUCACUGGGCACGUGGCUCUCACUGCCCCCCCUCUGUCCCACCCCCAGUUGCCCCCCAUGAGCCCUCUGUAAUAACAUGUGCCUCUCAUCUCUGAGUGUUUCUGCUGCCUCGUGUACCCCAUUAUAUUGUAAAUCCCAUUUCUGUUUUCCCUCUUUCUCCAAGACCUCCCUCUGCUCUGGGUCCCAUUGCUUUUCACACUUCCUUUCGACAUUUCCCUCUAUCCCAUUCCCUGUCUUUGCUUUUUCAUUUCAUUUAAUUGAAUUUUUCAUGGAGUUUUCAGAGGUGGGAAGGUGGUUUUCUUGUCUAUAUUUUGGUAGGAAUUUUUUGGGGGGUUUGGAGGGGGCUGUUUGUUUUUUUAAAUUUAUUCUAGGAGCAUUACAUUUUCCCAGGAAUUCCUUACUUUGUUGAAGAUGGAACAUUCCCUUUUUAUGCCAGCUUUGCUGUAUACUCUGUCAGUUGCUGAUACCAUCUCUCUUAAUAAGAGCAGUGGUGAGAUUGUCAGCAGGGGCUCAGGUAAGCACGUUGUCUGUGUUUGUACAUGGAACUCCAGCAGUUCCCCAGAAAGCAGCAGGGGCACAAGGCAGUGUCUCACAGGGCAAGCACAUUGUUGUUCUGAGUUAAAAACCCAAACACAUGGGAUUUUCAAGCCAGACUGAUUAUUGUGGGCUUCUUGUUUCCAGGGUACAGAACUUGGAUUUUUUUUACCUUGUUUUUGAAACACUUGUGGGGAAGGAUGUGGACUGACACCCUGAAUGCUGCAUUUCCAGUAGUGAAAUUAUUCCCCCUUGGACAGGGCUUGGAACAGCCUGGGCUAGUGGCAGGUGUCCCUGCCUAUGGCAGGAGGGGUGGGACUGGAUGGGCUUUGAGGUCCCCUCCAAUGCAGACCAUGCUGGGGUUCUGUGCAUGCUUUGUGUCCUGCAGUUUGAUUCCUGGGAGCCUCUGUCCUCUCUGGGCUCGUGGUCUGGAGUCGGUGGUGAGGUAUUUCUGCCCGUUUGGUUUGUGUCUGUUUGCCUCACUCCUGCAGAGCUGCAGGUUCUCAUGUUUAAGUUAUGAAGCCCCAGUGCCCUCCUGGCCUGCCUGGAUUUAUCACCAGGCUGGGUGGAAGACAAACAUUCCUGCUGGAAAGGCUUCUGGCAGUGGGGAGGAGAGGAGAGACACCCCACUGGAGAAACCUGCCAUGCCGAGGUUAAACCCUGGGGUAACCUGAUGUGUUGGGGGCUUUGGGGGGAUGGAAUGCCUUUAAAUCUUGCAAAAUUCAGAUUUUCAGGUGGAAGAGGGAACACUGAGCACUAGGUUCAUGCUGUGGAAAGGUGAUCAGCUCAUCUGGUACCUGGCAGAGGAGGAUCCAUGGGGGGGGCGAUGGAAAGAUGCUGGGAUUUAGGAUGCAUUUAUUCUGGGACAGCUAUUUAAAAUCAGUCUUGCUCAUGGAAUUGCUUGUUUAAAAGAGGGCUGACUGUCAUGCAGUCAGGAGUAAAUAGGUUUUACAGUCUGGAGCUGGUUGUGUGGCACAAGUGAAACUGUCUGUCUCUGUCUCCCACAAACUGAGCAGCAGUUGCUGCUGUAUUGGGGUCUGGAAAUUAUGGAGUUCAUAGGCUGCAGGCUGCUCCUCGGUUUUUAGGGAGCAUUUCUUAUUUCUUGACUCUCGGUUCUGCACACCAUCUCUUGUGAAGUUGCUUUUACAAAAAUAUCCCUCUUUAUGGGGGAUUUAUGGUGUUUGUGGCUUCAUUUCACUUCUGUAGAUACCAUCAGUCAAUAAAACGCUGCACUUGAAAGAAGAUAAACACAUGUCUGUGCUUGGGAGUUGUGUUCUAUUAGUGCAUGGUUUAUCUGCUGCUAUGAGAGCUCAAAAGCAAGAUAAAUACAAGGACCACAUAUGGAAAAUAUUCUUUCUCAGUGGGAGCUGAGUCUCGUGUGGGUGGGAGGCGAGGGGGUUCUGGUGCUGCAGGGCUGUGGGUUGGUGACCAGGAGGCCAUUUGAGGGGUUUCUCCCUACAUGUGCCAGGUGGGAUUUUUUGCAGAACCUUGUGACUCUGUGGGGUUUGUGGUGACCUGCCUGUGGUGCACAGCUGGGUGGAGUUUGCUGGGAGGAAUUUGUACCCAGUCAGAAACGGAGGAAGGAGAGGUGUUCACGGAGUUGCUUGGCAAAAAGACGUGGUGAUAUCUGAAAAAAUGAAAACCUUUGAGAGCAUUAUGGAUAAUUAUGGAAUUCAGAUUGGACGUGUUCUGUGCAUUUUUCAUGUCCCUACUAGGAGGAGUACAGCAGUUCUAAUGUUUAAUGCAUGUAUAGUAAUAGCAGGCUGAACUGAUCUCUAUGGGCCCAUUUGUUCCAUCACUGUCCAGAAGGAAAUAAAUUAAAUUCUAUUUUAGACUGUAUUUUGGAUCUGGAUGCUGCAGAGGGAGAGAUGAGAAGAAGGAAGCAGGGUUGGGGGCGUUGAGGUCUGGGUAACAUUUACAUAAUGCACUCAAGAUGCAUUCCAGUUCAAACCAACACCCGAGACCCCCAGGCCAGGCAAUGCCGGUGAGCGCUGCUCUCCAUCCGCAGUGUGGAGGAUCCUUAGGUUGAGCUACUCAGAACAUAAAGGGUUUUGAGAGGAGCCGUUUUGCUCCUAAGAUGAUGUUACAUUUGUUGGAAUGACGAGCUGGGUGCCCAGCGUGCCCCAGAGCCACCAGGGCAGACUGAGCCUGGCUGCUGCUUUAAACAAAUGCUCCUGUGUCCCAGCUCCAGCCGGCAGCCAACCCUCAUUUAGUCACCAAACAGACAAAAAACACCGGAGACCUAAACAAAAAAACCCAAACACCACCUCCCAAGGCCAUUAGCACCUUCUAUAGCACAUUGUGGCUGCUUAUCUUUGGUGGGUUUGGUUAUCCUGAUUAUUUCUAAAACUUUGAACGCUUGUUUGUUUUAUAACGUUCUGCUACUACAGAAACAAUCAUACCUGUAUUUUGUAAACCCCUACGGGUGCUCUGAUUGCUGGGAGGCUGAGCAGGACACGGUGGCUGUGGAAUACCCUGCACGGACUGCCGAGGAGGGUGGGGCGAGGAAAUCUGCCCUCGGAGGUGAAGGAGCUGAGAGCUGUGCAGGGACCCGACUGGGAAUUGCUCAGGCUAUCAGGGAUGAGCAAUGCUUUGCUCACCUUCUGCACUGUUUUCUUUCCCCCUCUUAUUUAAUGAUAUAUUUCCUUAGGAGAAAAUAACAAACAUCUUGCAUGGUUGUUUAUUGUUUUAAGGGAAAGUGCCAUCUAGUGAUUAGCACGGGAACUUUAAGUAGAUGUAGUACUUUUCCUUUGAAUUAUGUGGGAGCAUUUUGGAGAUAUAUGAUUAUGCUCCUCCGUCUUUAAAGCUUGACAGGAGAUGUUGGGACUGCAAAACUUCCCUGAUGUGCUGUGGGCUGUGGUCCAUACAGAAGCAGCACUGUCCAUCCCUCUGCUGCUCAUUGGAGCACAGGGAUAAUGUUCAGCAAGAUCCAUGUGAGCACCUGCAGCUUUCUGCUUCAGCAGUGCCCCUUUCCCUCUCCUGAUGUUGCACAGCCCUGCUCUUCUAAUGGCUGAUGCUUCUUGUUUGGCUUUUGGAGUCUGACUUGCUCAGUUGGCACUAAAUCAGAAAUUUGAAAGCGUUUCAGUGGGGAGACUCCCAUUUGAGUUUAGUUUGAUGUGUCUCUUGGGGACACAGUUAUUGGCUUUGCAGUGCUGGGUUAAUGUUGGACUCUGUGAUCUUAGAGGGCUUUUCCAACCUACACAGCUCCAUGAUUCUACUGAAGGAACUGAAUAGAUACAUUCAGUGCCUUGAGAUGAUUUGGGUUUCAAUGUUGCUGAUCAUUUCAACAGCACUUUCCAGCUUGCACCUGUGUACAAAUGUCCCUGCCUCAGACUGGAGACCUAUGGGAUAGAUUUGAAUCAAUUUAAUUGUAUGCCCAGCAAUCUCCCCAGCCUACCAUCCUGGGGGCCCUUUAUGAUCUGCCCUUCUCCAGGUAUUCAAGGAGCAAAGUAAAGAAGCUUUAAGUUAUGGUGAGCAGGAGUUCAUGCCCUUCCAGUUGCUUUUGGGAGCACAGUUACUCCAAGGUUGGUGGAACAAACCUGGGUUUUCUUAUUCUGUGUUGCAAGUGUCAGACUGGGACCACUGAGAAGAGUGUGCAGAGAGAGCCUGUGGAGUUCUGAUCUUAGAAUAGACAUCAGUUUGCUUGCAGAAACCAGAGGAGAUUUUGGACAGCUUGGAGUAUUUUAAAGCAUCAACUUCUGUGUCAGUCUUUCUAGCCAGACAGAAGAUCUUCUCCAAGAUGAGCAAAUCACCCUUUUCUACACACUUGUCUGCCCCAUUUUAAUCUUUCUUUCCCAGUUAUGUAAAUAGCACCAGACUAAUAUUCCCUGUGUACCCCUGGUAAGCUGAUUCACUCGCUCCACGUUAUCAGACACAAAAGCACUGUAGGGCUGGUUUGUAAAUUGAGUUGGAUUUUUAUUUUACAUCUGUGUUAUUCCGAGCUCUUAUGUAAACACUUGGAAUGCAAUUUCUAUAUAUACUCGCCUUGUUAUGCAACUCCCCUGUGCAGUGAUGCCAAAGGGAUUUAAUUUUCUUAUCGGUGGCUUUUAGAAGAAGUGAUCAAGCAUUCUUCCUAUGGAAAGCACUGGGAAUCCUAAAGGGAAAAACAAUAAUAAAUGGCAGAAAACAAGGGCAACUACAAAAUUAAAAAGAGAAGAAUUAAAACGUUUCUGAGUUACAGAACUAUUUCUGGUGGCUUUUGCUGAACGCCUGAUGAUCGCUGCAGUGUGAGCUGACUGCGUUUGCUCUUUAUGGAACUUGCUGGAUGGUUCAAUCCACAUAUCUGUGUUCCAGCCCACGCCGAACACGUUCCGUGUGUGUUUCUGAGGAAGUGCUUGUUUGGAGCAGGUGUUGGUCAGCAGGGCUGCGAUGGGCGGCACUGCUGGGAACGGGUCUGGUGCUGCGUGGCACCGUCAGCACGGGAUGGGAGCAGCCACGGGAACGCGCCAGAAACGUGCCAGUGACAUCACGGCGGGAGCCGCUGCCCAGCAGUGGGAGCUGGAGCUGGCCACCGCUCUCCCAAAAGCCUCUGGGGAAUCAGAAAUCUGCUGCACGUCAAAAUCGAUUUUUAAUUGCAACUGAUUUAAUUUUCCCAUGAAUUAAUGCCUUGUGUGCCAAAAGGCUGAAAUGCUGAGUGCUGAGGCUGCUCCAGCAGAGCUCCUCUGACCCUCACAGAGCUUUUCUGUCCAUGUUGCAGCUCUCUCUGUAAAACCACCGGAGGAACCCAGUUCUGCUGCCCGCCAGGCUCCUCUGACACGUGCAGGGAACUCUGUCUGUGCAUCCCCCAGUCACUGCUCGUGUGCAGCUCCUGUGCACCCAGCCGAGCCUGGUCCAGCCAUGCAGGCACUGCCCGUCCUGCCCUCGGCAGCCAAGUCAGGACACCAGUGGCAGGUAUCCCAGAAACUGCCUGCUGCUGGGGGACACUGGCCAAGCCACUCCUGGUGCUGGCUCUGGGCUCCCUGUGGGGCUUUGGGCUCAGUCCUGCAGUGUUGCUUUGGACCAGGAGGUGGUGAGGAGAUGCUUCCCCCGGGAGCCCAGCUUCCUUCACCCAGCUGAUCUAAUCUAACACCCACAGCUGCGUUUGCACGCCUUUGGGAGCCCAAAGUCCAACAUAUCUUUUGCUUCAUCCUUCAGGAGUCAAAGCAAAGCACAUCCUAAGUGCGUUUUUAGAAAGAUAAAUGUCUGUAGUUCUACACAUUUCUCUUUCCAAAGUAACUGUGGAGAUCGAAGGUUAAGCUGCAGUGAAAGCUGGUUUCUUUUCCUCUCGGAAGCUGUGGGAGGAGGACAGAACUUGUCCUCGGGAAGGGUCCUGCCUUUUGUUUUGGUUUGUGGUUUCAGAUUUUGUAAGAGCAGUGGAGCCGAAUGUGAAGGCCCUUGUGUAUUAAUGAUGGAGAUUAUCUGACAGCUGCUUUACCUUCGCACAGCUUCGCGUCACUGCUCGCAAUCUGCUGCAGUGCUGCACCGUCCAGUUAGACCUUCUCCCCCUCUUUUCACUAGGAAUGUGCCUUUUUUAAAUGCCUUCAUAUCCAGGUGGGGGGUAGUUAAUAGCUGUGCGCUACCAAACUAGCUUAUUUUCUGGUUUGCAUAAUGUCUUGGAGUCCCAGGACAAUCUCCACAAGCUCGGAUGUUUAAGUUGCCGUAGGCUGCGGGCAGGAAAUAGAUUUGUUUGUUCCUUCUCAGAGCUGUUGUGAAUUUCAUUUCAAGGGGAACUAAAAUCGUUUCUUUUUAACUUCAUUGCUGGGUGAACAGCUGGAUUUAACAAUCUUCGAGGGCUUUUCUAACCUAAACGAUUCUGGGAUUCUAAUAUAAGCUUUUAUAAUUGAAGAAGUGAUACAUUACCCUUUUACCACUUUAAAAUGCUGCUCUUCCUGCGUUUUGCUCUGUUUUAGUAAUACAAAUAAUGGUAUUAAUUUAAUUUUGUAUUAAUUUUCUCAUGCAUGUAAUGAAAUCCUGUUUCCUUGUUAAUCCAGCAACCUAAGCAAACACAAUAUAUGAGCAUUACAGGAGAACACUUAAUCUUUCCUCUUGUUUUUCUCUAAUGGGUUUUUGAUCUCUAAAGAGAGUGAAAUGAGAGUGUUUCUGUAGAGACAAGGCCAGGUAUUACCUUUCUGUGUUAAUUACAGAAUUUUAGUCGUUAAUGUGUUGCUGGAACACCUUGAGGUGGUGGUGGUCUCGGUCUGUGUUUGGGAAACCAAGCCCCUACAAAGGGGUUGGCACGAGAGAGUUUCAGUCUGGGGCAAACAGGCUGCAUCCAAGCCCCAGAGAAUUCCUGGGUGGUUUUUUUUAAAGUCUGGGUCUUUUUGCAAAAGUCUUUCAACACUGGAGGUGUCUCGAGGCUCCCUUGCUCUGUCCCCCGAGGCGGCGCAGCGCGGGGUCUGCUGGCAGUGACAGUGAGGGGCUCUGCUGAACAGCCACUUUGGCAGCUCUGGGCUCGUGACAGGGCUCAGCUCUGUGCUGCUGACCGGUCCAGCGUCACACCCACGAUGUGGUGUAUUUUUUGUGUGACGUUUUUACGUGGCAUAUUUUUUUCUGUUUUACUGCUGCAUGCACUGGGAGUCUGAGCUACCAUUUCUAUACAAAUGCUGAAAUUUAUAAUUCCUUAAAGGGUAUCUUCUGUGAUGUUACUUUUAUUUCAUUAAAGGUUUUCUCCCUCUCUUUCUUUGUGGUAACUGAGGAAACCUGAGAAACGGUGUCAGAGAAAAGAGAAGACCAGAACAAAGGGAGGAAGAGACAUCCCUGUGACAAGGGUGACCUCAGCUCAGCAGAAGCAGACGUGACUUGGGAGGACACAUUCCAAUGGAGCCCCAGGAGUGUGUCUCCCUCUCUUCCCUGAAGCAGCACCUGCAGACUGGGAUGUCCAAAAAGGUCUUCCUUGUGCAAGAUCUCCAAAGGACCCUUGAAGGGUUGACAGGAGGCCUGGAAACCAUUCCUUGGGAUGUGCCAGCGUGUGGCCUAUGCAGCCUGGCAGGACGGAAUGCAGGAGAACCACUUCCCGUUCUGUGACAGAUGACUCUCUGUUUCCAGACUGCUGUGUUUUGGUAAGAAAAGGACAUCAAACACACCUGUUCUGUGGCAACUGCUGGUCCCAAAAUAUUCUGCAGUGACAACUGACCCAUUCCUUGCACCAGCCAGGCAUCUUGGUUUCCUGCAGUUCACCUUCUGGAGGCAGACCCCAGGUGGCGUUUGCGGUGCAGGAUGUUACAGGUCACCAAAAAGAACUGGAGCUACUUUGUCACUGCCACGAGUGAGAGCACAGCUGUGUGGUGUGAGUGCCAUUCUUUUGGAGGGGUUGCUCACAGAAGAAGUGGUGAAGUGCUGUCCUUCAGUUUAGGAUGCCAGUGAAGCUUCCUACAUAAACUGCUUCUCCAUCUUCUCCUCUAUCUGGAAUUGGGGGGAAAAAUGUGCUAUCGGGCAGGUAGGGCAGCAGCUUUGCUGCAGCCCAGCUGUCACUCUCCAGCCCCUGUGCAGGCAGGACGCAGCGGACACAGCAGCAGCCCAUCUGCGCCGGCGCCCGCGGAAGGGAGAGGAGCACCCGGGAGCAGCUGAUAAGGAGGCACAGAACCGCUCUGUUUGUGAACCAGAUUGCUGAGUGGAGAGCGAAAAGCUGCUGCUGGGAGAAAAAAAGGAAAGAGUCAUCCCGAGGCGUUCAGCAGCGAGCUAUGCGAGACACAACCUCAAACCACAGGAAGCCCUGAUAUCCCAUGAAGUAACAAAUAUUUUUCUAUUAAUACCAGCAUUUUUAUUGCCUCUUUCAUCCAGAAAGAACCCUACUUGGCUUUUAUACUCUGCACACUCAAUUUGGUAAUUGCUUCUCCUUGCCACAAGAUAUUCCCAAAGAUAUGCCAAUAGCAGAGACUUGAGUACUGGGACAAACAGCCCUGGGAAGGGAGCACAGUGUCUGUCCAAAAGCUCUCGGGGGCUCUGACAGGGAAGAGCUGUCCUGCUCUGUCCUGCCUCUCUGGCUUCCAUCCUGCUGGCCUCAGUAAGGGAAAAUAGCACCUAGAAAAGAGGGCUGGAGAACAAAAUAUCUCUAAGCCUCAAAAAGGGACUAAUAUUAUAUACACAUACAAGUACAGUACAUAUUAUUUCUUUAGCUUGCUUGUUCGUGUGUGUAUUAUAAAUCUGAGUCAAGGAGGGAAGACAUGGAAAGCUUUAGAAAAAUGUGUCUGAGAUAGAGUACAGAACAGGAGAGGAGUGCGGGAGCCAGAUGCUGCUGCCCUCCUUGACCAAUAAAGACCCCAACACCCUCUGGCAGAAGGCAAGGCAGAAUUCAGCUCUGGAACAGCCUUGUUGGUUUUCCUAGAGAGCUAGAACAGGGAGAGUGCGUUCCCUCUGCUGCCUGCCAGGACAGACAAACAGCAUGGGUGCUGUGGGCAAAUCCUGAGAACGGACCUGGGGCCUCGGGGUUGUUCUCUUCACUCUUCCCGUGGUCACUUCCUCUAUUCAGUGGCCCCAAACCCAGAAGAGACAGAUGUCCUUGUCCAUGGCUGUGUGCUGCCCUCCUGCCACCCCUCCUUUCUUGCUCUGGCAGGGCAUGGGGGCUGUCAGGCUGCUGUGGAGCCCACGGUGAGCUGCCUGUGCACAGCAGGUGUUCCCACCCUGCAAGUACUUCUGAUGGGUCUGCCCGAGGGAUCACUGGGGGAGCGCAGGAGAGCGGGUUUGUUGGAUCUAUGAUGGAGAUGGGGCUCCCUCAGGCUGCAGGAAGAUUUGGGGUCAUACCAACGAUUCCCUGAAACCUCAGAUUUACCCAAAGGCUGUAACUGCAAACACCUUUGCUCAGGCUUUUCAGAGAGAGGAGAGUUGGCAGCCUUCGGGAGGAGGACACCCAUCUUUAUCCAAGGCUGUGACCUUAAGCUGUUUUAUCUAAGCAGAUGCAAACUUAUUUAAAUGCUCUUAAAUCAAAUGGAGACAGGCAUAGCCUAAACUGCUGUAAAUUGUUUGUACAUGGAAAUUGCCUCAGCUGGGCAGCCUUUUAAACCACCUUGUACCCAGAGUAUGAGUGGUGACUGAAAAGACGUGGUUUGUCAUCGCUGCACGUGGCACUGCCAGGAACUGACCAAAGGCAUCGUGCCUUCAGCUGCUGACCACCAGCUCGCAGUGACGUCCCUGCGUACACCCGCUCCCUGACCUCUCUCAGGGCAAGGUUGGUCGGAUUUACUGAAACUGGCUCAUUCAGACACGGAACUUUACGUGGGAGCAGGGGAGGAUCACCCACACAGGCUUUCUGGUCACCAAGGGAUCCCAGGCAGGAAGGAGGGAGCUGCCACCAGUGAUAAUCAGCAGAGUACUUAAUUGCAUCCUCUCUCUGUGGCUUGCAGAGGAUGUGUGCAUGCCUAAGGCUUGCAGAUUAAACAGCUGGUGUAAGCCAGCCUAUCUUACUUCACAGGAGAGAAGCAACCACACUGAGCCACCCCUGUCCUACUGAGAGGCUGUUGCUUUGAACCUUGAACUGCAGCUGUGCUCAGGCACCGCAGCCCUGACAGCGAAGCGCUCAGAGUGCAUGUACAGCCAGCUAACGUGUGCGUGUGCCAGGUAACGCCUGGGGUGAAGGGUGAGGCUUUCUGUGUAGGCAGACACUGGGAGCAAGGGCUCAGGAGCUGUGCUGGAUGAGUAGGGCCCUGGACUGAAAGUGCAAGGAAUCCUCCCACUGUCCUUUCUGGGCCACCCGCUCUGCUCAGGUGGAUCUCCACAGCAGUUUUGUGUGAGCAAUGCAACAGCAGUGAGACUCGGUGAUUCUGCCAUGCAGGUACCUCAAGGUGGUCUCUGCUGGGAAGCACCGCCCAAACCCAGUCUGAUGGUGCCCCUGUCCAUGUUUGGCCAAAGCUCCAGGGCCACUCUCACAUGCUGGUGUCCAUCCCCUGUCAGCGCUCCGAACGGACUCGGGGUGCUGCCCGCCAGUUGGGGAUCACCGUCCCUGGCAGCUGGGUUCUGACUGGCCAGUGUAUGCCGAAACAUUCUGCUCUGCGUGAAUCCCAAAUAUUUUUCUCCAGAGUUGAAAGCUUUUUGUGAGCAUAAUCUGCCAGUCCAAACAGAAGAAAAUCUCUAUUUGGUCUGAAGAGCAGAACUUGGCAUGGUUUGCAGGGGAAAACGCCAAGUACGCAAGGCUGUUUGCUCGCCUUGCAACAGUCACGACUGUUCCUUAGCUCCACUGGGGCACAUCUGGCUGUCAUCUCUGCACAUCUGUAUCCUGUGAUUUACACAGUUUUCUCCCAAUGCUUUAUGUGGUUUUAUACUGUGAUGAGGCUCUGGAAAGAAACAAAAGCGCCUCUUUCUGCCCCUCUGAGCCAGCUCUGUGGGAACCUUCGUAGGGCCCUCGCAGAGCUAAGGGAACCUCCUCUGGAGUCUCCAUGGCCCUCCUUGGAGAAUGGUCCACCUGGCAGCAAGCAGAGAUGCCAGCAGUGACCUGUGCAGAAUGUACAUGCAUCAGUAAAGCCUUGCAGGAUGUGGCUGGGGAAGGAAGACUUUGCUUAGCACCUCUGCUCUUUUUCAGCCCCAAGGUGAGAUUUCAUGCACACUCGAACACCAUUACACUGAUUCAGACUUUCAAGUCAGUCCUGUUCAGUUUGGCAUUAUGACUGGCUCCUGGCCUUAUGGGUCCAACAAGAGUAUCAGCCUGGCAGUCCUUCUGCUGUUAUUUUGGGUAGGAUCCCACCACACACAGGUACCCAGACAUUGGCUGGAACCUGUGAGCAGUUGCUGAAAGCAGCAGCAGCUCCUGCCCUACAGAGACUGUGAUAAUCUAAGAAGAUGUUUGUGUGUCUGUCUCCCACCCUCAACCCAGCUGGUGAUGAGCCAGCUAAAUAGGAUUUCCUCUCUUGGACUGCAGAAGGAACUCCAAAGAACACAAGGAGGUUCUGCUACCUGCAACCACCUCCAACAGUCACAGCACCUCUGAUCUGCACCUUUGCUGAUUGGCACCCAAAGAGCGCCAAGAUCAUGAGAUUCCUUUUCUUUUUUUUAAGGAGGAGGAGUCAGGUGGCAUGUAGGUGUGAUCUGAUGGCCUAAAGGUGACCCAUUGUUAAGUUCCUGCACUGCUCGUGCAUUAGGUGGUCAAGAGAUGAUCCUUGAAGAGUACUGAAAUGGUCAGAAGGGGAGCAAGAGUGAAAGGGUGAAAGUGGCAAAAAUGAUAUAAAGCAAACUGUAUAAUGUUCAGCAGCAUCUUAGUUACAUCUGUUCUUUCUCUAGCAGUUGUUUUUUCUUGUAGAAGACUCCUGUAGAAGAUAAAUAUAAAGCUUUUCUUUCAGAAGAGUAACAUCCAUGGCAAUUCCCUUCCUUCUGUUUCCUCCUGCAGACGGAGCAGUUCAAAGCCUGUUCCACCCACACACCAGUUUAUCAGUGGGAGAGAAGAGGGAAUUCUCCUGUCUUAUGCUCCCCAGAAAUGGAGAUGUUUCAGGAGCUAGUACUCACUAUGCUAGGAAGGGGAAGGAUUCCGGCUGCAGCUUCUCCAGCGUGGGAGCCCCAGCAGUGGAGGGAUGGAGUGGCUGUGCGUGGGCUGCCUUGUGCCCCAGUGCCCCGGCUGUGUCGGGAGGUUAUGAUGCCCUGAGCUAUUCUGUGGAAGGCAGUGACAAGUGGAGCGGGAGACAGCUGCUGCAAGCACGGGAGCAGAACACGACUGACGUCCCUGAGGGCGGGGGGCAGCCAUACGUCAGGAACUGCACUGAGCCAGCUCUCCAUGAGUUCCCCAAUGACAUCUUCACGAACGAGGACAGGAGACAUGGAGCUGUGGUGCUGCACGUCCUUUGUGCCGUGUACAUGUUUUAUGCCUUGGCGAUCGUCUGCGAUGAUUUCUUUGUCCCUUCGCUGGAAAAGAUUUGCGAACGCUUGCAUCUUAGCGAAGAUGUGGCUGGGGCAACUUUCAUGGCAGCGGGAAGCUCCGCUCCUGAGCUGUUUACAUCUGUCAUAGGUGUUUUUAUCACAAAAGGAGACGUAGGCGUUGGAACCAUUGUAGGCUCGGCUGUAUUUAACAUUCUCUGUAUUAUUGGCGUGUGUGGGCUUUUUGCAGGACAGGUUGUUGCACUGUCGUCGUGGAGCCUCCUGAGGGAUUCAAUCUACUACACCCUGUCUGUUGUUGCACUCAUUGUGUUUAUUUAUGAUGAAAGAGUUUCCUGGUGGGAGUCCUUAGUCUUAGUGCUGAUGUAUGUCAUCUACAUCUUCAUAAUGAAGUACAACUCAACCAUACAUCACUGCUUUGAGAGAAAGACAAAAAACUCUGCAAAUAUGGUGAAUGGUUUAGCAAAUAACACGGAAAUGGAUGACAGCAGCAACUGCGAUGCCACAGUGGUGUUACUAAAGAAAGGUAACUGUUCCAGAAAUUUCCACCGUAAAGCCUCAGUGAUCAUGGUUGAUGAGCUGCUAUCUGCCUACCCACACCAGCUUUCCUUUUCCGAGGCUGGGCUCCGGAUCAUGAUAACCAGCCAUUUCCCUCCCAAAACACGUCUCUCCAUGGCCAGCCGCAUGUUAAUCAAUGAGAGGCAAAGGCUGAUCAACAGCAGGACUUACACGAACGGUGAGUCCGAAGUGGCAAUUAAAAUCCCUGUCAAGCACGUGGUUGAGAAUGGUACAGGCCCCAGCAACUCAGCGGAGCGGGGCAUGAACGGCACCCGGCGGGACGAGGACGUGGCCGAGGCCGGGAACGAGACCGAGACUGAGAAUGAGGACAACGAGAACAACGAGAACGACGAGGAGGAGGAAGAAGAUGAUGACGACGAUGACCAUGAAGGGCCAUACACACCUUUUGACCUUCCCAGUGGAAAGAUAGAAAUAUUGAAGUGGGUGUUCACAUGGCCUUUGAGUUUUGUCCUGUACUUCACAGUGCCCAACUGUAACAAACCCCACUUGGAAAAAUGGUUCAUGGUUACCUUUGCUUCUUCUACCCUCUGGAUUGCAGCUUUUUCUUACAUGAUGGUGUGGAUGGUGACAAUCAUUGGGUACACACUGGGAAUUCCAGACGUGAUCAUGGGCAUCACGUUCUUGGCAGCUGGAACCAGCGUGCCAGACUGCAUGGCAAGCCUUAUUGUAGCAAGGCAAGGUAUGGGGGACAUGGCUGUGUCCAACUCCAUCGGAAGCAAUGUUUUCGAUAUUUUAAUUGGCCUGGGCCUUCCAUGGGCUUUGCAGACCCUGGCAGUGAACUACGGAUCAUACAUUCGGUUAAACAGCAGAGGACUUAUCUAUUCUGUUGGUCUCCUGCUGGCAUCUGUUUUUGUCACAGUUUUUGGUGUCCACAUGAACAAAUGGAAACUGGAUAAGAAGCUAGGGUGUGUGUGCCUUUCCCUUUACGGCAUCUUCCUGUGUUUCUCCAUCAUGACAGAGUUCAAUGUUUUCACCUUUGUGAACUUGCCAAUGUGCAGAGAUCACUAAUGCAGGUGGCAGACUGUCAGGAGGAGCUUCCUUCUUACCUGUGCAAUACGAGCCACGGCUGGCAUCUCCUGAAUGUGGUGCACCUCCAAGUCGUGACACACGUCCUGCUCACUGUUCUUAGGACCCGUGGCCCCAUCUAGGUUUGCCCUCUCCCUGGCCCCCACAACCUGGAACAAUCCUGCAUCCAUGUGAAGAGGUUUUGUGUCAACGUUCAUGUGAUUUCCUAGCUCAAUUUUUGAACAGUGGGACUGGGAUUCGAUGAACUGGCUGCUAACUGGCGUUAAGCCAGGCAAAACUGGUCUGCUACAAUUCCUUCUUUUUUUUAAGUUAUUUGAUGGAAGACUAAUUAAUUUAUGACUUAAGACUAUUGCUACAAUGCAGAAGAGGGUACGUCGUACAGGGGCUGACUCUCAUGGAGAAUCAUGGGAAUUUUUUUGGUUGUGGGGGUUUUUUGUUUGUUUUUUAGUUUUGGUUUUGCUGUUUUUUGUUUGUUUGUUUUGAUGGGGGGGGUUGUUCUUGUUGUUCUUCUCUUUACUUGCCAGAGAUCAACCUUGCAUCUUCUCCUGAGCACUGGGUCUCCUGUAACAAUCCAAAGGUCACAGGGCAAUGUCAAAUGGAAAUGCAAUUCAAGAUACUCAGCAUAAAAAUGGAUAAAAGGAGUUUGUCAAGGCAACAGCUGAUGACUUUUUGCUAUAAUGAAUCUUGUACAAGUGUGAUGAGGAAUGCAAGCUAAGUGUGGAUACAAAGGGUAAACACUGCUACCAUUUUACUAUGAAUGUUGGAGUGUUUAUGGCAUUUCCAAGCAAUAGUUUGAUUGCCAGCCCAGGAGGGGCUACCAAGGUGUCCUGGUUUUUAAUGGUCUGCACGUGGCCAUGGAAGGUCAGAACUUUCUCUGCUUCAUCAGAUUUCUUGUUUUGGGGGGGAUUCAAUUCUUCGUGUCUUAUUCGUUCUGAUAAGGACAAAAGUACGUAUCGAAACUUUUCUAAAUGAGUUACAGACACUGGUUUCUUUAAGAGGAAAGAGGCAUAUUUUGCACAGACAUAGUUACUGAAGUCAUAAUUUGCCAUUCUUUAAAGAAUACACUGGACCUGGCCAGAUAUUUGUCAUCUUAAGCAGUUGAACUUAUAACAGAUCAUGUGGAUUCAUCAGCCCUCCUCUGGGAGGAAGACACACGUGGAAUAUCUUCAAUGCAGACUUACGGAUCUUAAGUUAUUGUGAAAGUUUAGCUGUUCAUUGUUCCAAUACCAACUAGAUUUUGUAUAAUUCUGUAUUAAUAUGCAGGCAGAUUCUACCCCCUGAGAAGCACCAUCACAGCUUUGUUUAUAUGUAUUGAUACCGUGGAUUCUUGCCACUGCAACUCUUGUAUUUACUUUAAGCACUGAUCACUUCUGAUCUGUUUUGUAUGUUUUUUCCUCUUUCUUGUAUAUGUUCUACUAUGACAUGUAUUAAGAGAUGACCAGCUAGGUGAAUGUUUUUGUCUAUGGUACAAACAGUGGCAAAUAUUAAUGGUAAAGGUACAGCAAACCCUACAUUAAAGAAAGAAAGGAAAAAGAAAACAAAACACCAAACUUUAAACUAUAUCAGCAAAAAAAGAACUCCAACUUAUAAGAAAAAAGAAGAGAGUCAUGUUCCAUUCACAGACAAAAAGCCAAUUUUUAUUUCAAUUGCACUUUUCGAAUUUUCUGUUGGCAAAAUGUUGUAAAUGAAAAUAUUUACACCCUUGAUUUCCAUACAGCUCAGCACCUGAUUUUUGUUCUUUCCUUGUUACGCUAAACAUUCGGAGGCACUGGCAGCUCCUUGCACCGUGAUUGUCAGCGGAGUCCUGUGGAGAGAGCCCUGUCCUGUUGGCCUCGGAGAGCAACGUGUGCUGGGGGAUCCUUGGCAAGAAGAAGGAAGGGUCCAGGGACAGGCGGUAGAGAGAGUCAGUGAUGUGUCUGCACUGUCCUUUUUCAUUCUGGAAAGCAGUUGUGUUGCUACUUGUUGAGCUCUGCAGGUGUUGUUUGAGCAGCCUUCUCGUACCUGUGCCCGCGGGACGUCCUCUUGCAUUAGGAAGCCCACUGUACCUUCCUUUGUUGGGUUUUUGUUUCUUUUGUUGUUGUUGAUGUUGUUGGUCAUGAGAUGAAUAAUAAUAAUAACCACUAAAAUGCCUAAAAUACUUCCUUAAAUCAAACAGUGUUGGCAACUAUGUGGCCUGUGUCACUUAAAGCCACCCCACAAACACAGCUUACUCUUGUAGCGAGAUGCAGUUGCUCCUAAGCAGAGUGUGUCCUUGCUGACGGAAGGGACAGAUUGGCGGAAGGAAAAAAAAGGAGAGAAGUUUCAUAUCAGGGCCUAUUAUUACUUCUAUUUUGAAUAUUUAUACUGCUGCUCCAAUGGAGCCAGUUGGAUCUAUUUCUACGAAAUAGCCGUUACCUAACCCAUGGCACAAAAACUGCAUGAGUAUUUUUUAGGAACUUUUCCUAUUGGUGUGCAUUAAAUACUGUAGUAAUCGUAGCUUUGCAUUGUGUGUGAAACCUGAAAUACCUUGCUUUGAUAUUUGUGUGUUGUGCUAGAACGUCCUGCAAGUCGCUUGUUCUAAGCAGAAGCAAAAGGAACCUUGAACUGCUGUUAGCUGUGCCAUAGAUGAACUGACACGCACUUCUGAGGUGUGCUUACGGCGUGCAGCCACAUCAGCAAGUGCAGGCCUGUUCUGGAACAUGACAGACCAACUGAAUGUGCACCUUCUUGUUGUGGUUGCUGAAGGAGCCCGCACCUCUCACUUAGCGUAGCCAAAGCCUGUGGGAAAGCCCCCAAAGCAAAAAACCAGCAGUUUUGCAUUCUUCCUGAGGUCUGCAGGACUCGCGCGGACAGUUCCGUUGGGAUGCAGUGCAUAUCCAUAGCUUUACUGAGUCCGGCAGGGACCUGAGUUGGGAGGGCUUGGACUCUGGAAGUCCCUGGCUGUGCUGGAGGACAUCCAGCACCUGGCUUCAACCUCCUAGUGGGAAGCUCUGCUGUGCCUGUUGCUGCCCAAGCCGUGGGCUGUCCCUGGCAUGUGGGGCCACAGGAACCAGCCAGGCUGGCAGAGCCUUUGGGGACUGGGCCAGUGGGUGGCCAGGGGGUGC